CAGGAACUAGCCCCACAAUUUCUGGUCGUGCUACAGAAGACCACGUAGUUGACCAUCAUGCUACAGAUCACGCGAGCUUUGCUCCCGUACAAGUAGCUUCCGACCCAACCCCACGGCGCACGCCCCAAGUCGCGCCAGCGAAGAGCGCGGCGGCACUGGCGAUUGAGUCGCCGCCGGUACCGCCGGGGUUGAUGCCGAGUGGGGACCACGAAAGGGGUUCUUUACCACGACCUUUGAAAAGCUUUGCGCUGACAGCAGAUGGGGAGCAUGAGCAAGGGGAAGGGGAAUCACUACAGGCCGCACCCAGCGCAACCUCCCCCCUCGCGUCUUCUUUUCAAUCUCUGAUGCAGGGCUUGGAAAAGGGCCGGGACGCGCUGCUGCAGGGGUUUGCGGAGCUGAAUGCGGGCGGCGGGGACGAGGACCAUGCACAGCACUCACCAUCAAACUACUUCUCGAAAAAAUCCAUUGGAGGUGACUAUGGAUUGAGCGAGGGGGAUCCGAUCGUGUUAGCGACCGCGAUGAGAACGAACCCGGGUGGUGCAUCAACUACAACUAUGCCUGCUUCUACAACGAAAUUAGAUUUAGGCAGCACGGUAGAUCAGCAACAAGCACCCGGUCGUCCCCCCGGCGCAACCAGCUUGAGCACGAAACUGUCCACAGCGAUAGGGCCGACGCCCUCGGAUCUCUCUAUGGGGUUCUCAAACUACGUUACAUUCUCAACUGUAUACAUGAAUUUCUAAUGCAAGAAUAGCACAGGUCAGAGGGAGAGCCUUGCGCGUCUUGCAUUACAGAUUUGGCGCGGAUUCUAGUGCUAUUAUUUAGCCCUCCGAUAAUUUGUCAUGCGAAGCAGCUUCAUCGUCUGGGCGGCUGGCGGCUCAUGGUCAUUUUGCAUGACAAAUCAUGCAACAGUUGAGAUGAGUGUAACGCUUGAGAGCUCCAUACUCUCUCGCCACAGAAUCCCGACCAGCAUCACCGCGGUGUGUUCCCACGCCAGGGAGUCGGUCGUGUUGUUCGAAAAGCAGGGUAGCUCCUCUCGCACCAGCAGUGGUAGUUCGUCGACAUCCUCUUCUACUGUCCCACUAUACUGGAGCGCCCCGUCCUGCAUGGAGACCCUGCACUGUCCCGCGACAAAAUCGAGGUUCGGAGAAAAAGUCGAAAAAGAGAACAGCGCGGGGUUUGAAUUCAUCGUGAAAAAGCGAACUUCCUCUGCGGAAAGGAAAGGGAUUUCGCCCUCGAAUCUUGGUGGGGAACUAGAUUUCGCCGGGGACAAGGAAAAAAGCUUUCAACUGCGAGAUGAAAGUAAUGGUGAUCAUCAAAACGAUAGUACCAGUAGACUCGGCUAUGGCGCCUUGGCGCUCAGAUCGCGGUCCCCGGAUGCUGAAAAUGAGGAUGAGGGGAUAUUAAACAACUUCUACCCGCCGCUCACCGAAGACGUCCUUCUCUCCCAGCUCCCUCUGCCGGAGCAGAAGCAGCAACGCCUGGUAGCGAAUGCAACGCCGCAGAAGAAGCUCCCCUCCACUUCCAACGCAGUCGUGCACCAAAUUACAACGUCGAAGAUCAAUCCGGAGGACCACUUGGCGAGCAACAGCAGCAAGCUCGCCUUGUCCGACUUCCCGGUCUACCAUGACAAAUCGAAACGAAAAACGGUGGUUGUUGCAGACAAUUUCGGGUCAGUCCAUGAGUUUUUCCUACCGCACCACAACGAAGUUAAAAAUCCUGUCGCGGAUAAACCCGACCCAGAUUCAUCCGUGGAAAUCGGCACGGACAACGAUUUCUCCACCACAAGAGGAUUUUACACGGGCGGGAGGAUCAUGAAUUUCGCGCCGAAGUAUUUGAAAUCGCAGGAGCAAUUUUCCCCAAGUUCGAAAAUCAAGUACCAGAAAAUCUACAAAUCCCCCGACUGCCUGUACGCUACGGACGCGACCAGGGGAUUAGUGGAGCUGGAUUUUAACAAAAAGGAGGUGAAGUUUCUAAAUUGCGUAGAACGUCGUAGUUGUUGCAGGCGGCGGGGGCAGGAAGCUGGUGAAAGAACUACCGGGGUGGACGAGCAGGAGCCGAUAAAGACCGGGGUGGAGGGGAUCCGGAUGAUUCUCAGCGAGUACGACAUCGAAGUCGAGGGACACCUGGUGGGACCCUCCUAUCUCAUGAACAGCGGGAUCAAGCUCAGCUUUCCGACCGGGUUCAAGUGCAAGGAGUUGCUCGAGGCGAAGGAGGCGGUAUUCAAAAUUCCGAAGGCGAAGGCGGAGUACACGACGUUCCACGAUAAGGUGUGCCAGCUCCUGAAAGCGCGCGCCGAGGAGGCUCUGAAGGGGGUCCGCGAUUCCAUCGAGCAGGUCCUGGACUACACGAGGAGCAUGCAGGAGUUCCUGAGCCGGGCAAGGUAUAGCUACUUAGCAUUCACAGCGUGGUAGCUUCUCGCAGCACCUUCUUGAUAAUACCGCCCGGCGCUCGGCUCGAAAGACCUAGCGGUCGGCCGGGGCCAGUGCUGGUCGCUGGGUGACACAAGCGCGCCGCCUUUCUUAGCAAAAGCCCGCCGACUUUGGCACGGCCUGGGGCGGUCGGGGCUGGUAGCUGUUUCCGUGUGAUGGUGAUUGGCGCGGCGCAGAUCAAAAGCCCGUAGGCUUGGCGCCCUGCUUUUGCACCCAGGAAAUGCGCAUGGGAACGCAGCCGGCGACGCAGCGCGCCCUUUUGUAAUCUUUCAGCCGUUUCAUGUGCUUCGAUUUUAGUGUGUGCGCUUCUCUUUUCGCUUUGUGUUUCUCUUGCAACUAUGGCAAGGGUGGGCAGCCAUUCCAAUAAAACGACAAAAAACAGCAACCGCGCGAUCCGGGACAACCUGGAGAUCGCACUGCAGGUCUUCGCCAAGGGAUCGGACGAUUACCAGCGGGCGGCCCGCUGCAUAGCGUAUCUCCGGUACACUACGGAAGAGCUCGACGAGGAAGCGAUCCAGGCUGGCGAGGAGGCGAAGCUGGAGGCGGCCUAUCUCAGGAACAAUGUGCCCACAAAUUACAUCUCGCGGCCGCUACUUGCAUGCCGGAUUCCGUUUUAAUGAAAGAGAGCCGUCCUUGUCUCGUUUUGUGGGCCCGUUUUUCCAUUGCAUAGGGUGGACACCAUCUUUCGGACCGCGUUCGACCGGGUGAUGGGGUACGGGUUGUUCUCGGAUGCUGGAGUUGCUAUGUCCAAGUUGCGGGAGCUGGUGAAGUACUCGUUCAAGGACAUGCUGAAUGACACGGACAAGAAGUUGGAGGAGAGCCUGACUUUGAUCGACAAAUACACGACCAACGCAACGAAGUUUCUCGAUCAGAAUGAGCUGAUGUGCCUGACCGCAGUCGCGAAGAACAUCACCUCGGCCAUCCACCAGAAAAACCGCACCGACCGCGUCGACGACAAGGCCGAGAAGGCGACGAAGACCCGGAAGCAGAAGGACGCCGACAAGGCUGCGGUCCCGGCGGCGAAGCGCCAGAAAAACAACGCCGGGGCGGCGCGCAUCGCGGCGGCGGCCGAACUAGCGGAAGACGAGGACAAACACGGGAUUAAGGCCGGCGAUGACAAGAUGUUUGCGGACUUCUUUUCCGACGACUUCGCGCCGUCGCCGAGUGGGAAGGGGAAGAGCUUGUUCGCGAGCAAGUUGCUCCAGAUCAAGAACAAAACGAAGAAAUAA